UACAUCCGGUACCGCCCCCAUGGACCGGAACUACCCCGGGGCCGGGUUCGGGGACCCGCUGGGGGCCGGGCCCGGGUGGAGCUACGAGCGCUCGGCCAAGGCCAGCCUCGUGUACGGGGGGUCCCGGGCGCCCCACGCGGAGCCGGAGCUGCUCCCCCGGCAGCCAUACGGAGCCCCCCACCCACUGCAGGGCUACGGCCCCAACCACCACCCCACAGGGCUCCCAGGCCUGUUUGAGCCAGGCCUGCACCACGCGGGGGCUGCGGCUCCGGACGCCUCCGUCAUGAACCUGAUCUCGGCGCUGGAGCCAAGGCCCCAACCGGGUCCGGCUGCAUCAUCCCUGCUCUCCCAGUUCCGCAGCCCCUCCUGGCAGACUGCCAUGCACACCCCAGCCCCAGCCGAACUCUUCAUCUCCGGCGCCCUCCCCGGCUCCGGCACCUUCCCAGCAUCCUCAGCGCUCGGCGCUUACCAACACCCGGCUCCAUUCCCGGCACGGAGCUUCCCAGUGAGCUCUGCCCUCAGCCUCCCGGAGCCUCCAUUCAGCCCCGGUUCCAACGGGCUCCUGUCCCCCCAUGAUCCUCUGCUCCACAUCAAACCGGCUCAAGCUCCGGUGCCGCCGCCGCCGCCACCUCCACCGCCACCUCCACCGCCUCCACCGCCGGCUCUAGGCUUCGAGCGCUUGGGCACCGCGGUGCUGGGCUCGGCGUUACCGGCACAGAGCCCAGCUUACCGCGGCGCUGCCGGAGCCUCCCAGUUCAACCUGCUGUCGGCGCCGCUGGCGGAGCAGCCGGCUCAGCUCUAUAACACCUCCGUGUUCGGCAGCGCCGGCGAGCGCGCGGUGCCGCGCCAGGACAGCGUCAUCAAGCACUACCAGCGCCCCGGUGCUGCCCAGGCCCAUGGGCUGCAGCAUUACCUGAGCUGUGGGGGCAGCUACCAACAGCUCCCCCCGCACCGAGGGGCUCUAUCCUGCAGCCCAUUGGGGGAGCAGAGCCCGGCCAGCACCGAAGCCUCCCAACAGGCGGCCAAGGGAGCGGCGCCGCGGCCGGAGCCGGCGCAGAGCUACCGACCCAUCAUCCAAUCCCCUGCCUAUUCCAGCGGCAACGGCACCGGCUCCGGCACCAACGGCGCCGGCACCAAGUCCAAGAGCUACUCGGCGGCGCGGCAAACACCGCGCUCCACAGCCACCCCCAAGUGCCAAAGCAGCUUCAGCACCAGCACCCCCAAAGCCAGCUCCGUCAUCUCCAGCCAUUCUCCAGCCUAUUCGCCCUUGGCUAUGGGGCCGGGUGGGGGUUAUGGGGCCAACGCUCCGGCCCCGCAGCCCAGCUCCGGCUUCAGCAGCGCCCAAGGUGGGGACUUGGGGGGCAAAGGCACCGGGUAUCCCCCUCCCAGUGCCGGGGGGCAAAGUGGGGGCCCCCCUUGUGUGGGGCAAGGCCAGGCCUUCUCCCCGGAGCAGCUCCAAGCGCUUCCCUAUGGGGUGCAGGCGGAAGUGGGCUCCUUAUCCUAUAGCACCGGGCACUCCCCGGCUGUGCCGGCACCGCUGCCCUAUAGCCCUGCUCCCAGCAUCCGGCCCCUGCAGUCACCGCCGGCACCGCGGCCACAGAGCGGGACCUCACCGGGGCAAUCCCAGAAGUACCUGGGGUCUGUGCUCUCACCUUCCUUUAUGGCACCGGGAUAUGGGGCAGGAGGAGGAGGAGGAGGAGGAGCAGGAACACCGGGAACACCGGGACCGACCCCAUCGGCGCUGGAGCGACCUCCGACCUUCGGCAAAGCCGCCGGCAAAGGGGACGCGGAGCUGCUGGGGACGGAUCGGAGCGAGGACGAGGACUUCCUGAUCCAGCAUCUCCUGCAGGCCCCCAGCCCCCCCCCUCCAUCGCGGGGGGAGUCCUUGGGGGGGUGCGAGGAGCGCGGCGCCGGCACCAAGAGCAUGGGGGGGGGUUAUGGCAGCCUGGGCAAGGCGGAGGAGCGGUACCAGCUCCAGAGCGUUAUCCGGCCCAACUCCAACCUGGAGGCUCCGGCGGCCUUGGAAUUGGCUCUGUUGAAGGAGAAGAAGAAGCCGGAGCGGGGCAAGGAUUACCGGAGCGCCGGCGGCUCCGGAGAGGGGCUGGCGGCCACCUCCGUGGUGCACUACGGGCACCAAGCGCCGGCUAUGGACUCCUAUGGGCAAGAGCUCAAGAAGCCGGGGGGCAAGGAGAUGGGGCAGGGCCACGGUUACAUGGCCAAGACCCCCGAGCACGGGCGCCUGGUGCCGGAGCCCCCCCCUCUGGAGCCACAUGGACUCCUCCUGGAGCCGGCUCCGGAGCUGGGAGCGGUGCAAGUGCCGGGGGGGGCCGCGGGGCUGCUGCCGUCGGUGCUGACCCACACCCAGAGCCAGCUCCAUCCCCGCACCAAAGCCCGUUCCCAGCUCGAUGUCCACCUCCUGGAGCAGCAGCGGAUGCCUCCACCGCCACCACCACCGGCUCCACCGGCACCACCGGCUCCACCGCCGGCCCCACCGGCUGCCCCCUCCCCACAGAUGCUCCUGGACGCCCAUCACCUGCACCAGGCCCACGUGCGCGGUCAAGGCUUGGAGGCUCCGGCGCCGUUGCCACCGGAGCCUAUGGAGGUGCUGCCGGCUCCGCAAGAGAUCCAGGACUUCCUAGAGCCUCCGUUGGGGUUGGAGCCUCAUCUGGGCCAACCCGGAGGGGUCCAGGGGCCCCCGGGGCACCUGUUGGACCCGGAUGGUGGAGCCCCAGCGGUGGCACCGGCACCAUUGGAAGCCAAGGACCAGUUUGCCGAAGGGGGGAGCCCGGCCGGGGGCAAGAACCGGUUUGUGCCAUUGACUUCCAUCUGCUUCCCGGAUGCUCUCCUGCAGGAUGAGGAUAGAGGCUUCUUCCCUGGCAUGGAGGACAUGUUCGGACCAGCACCUGAGGACUUCCCUAAGGGGACAGAGGAGGAGGAGGAGGAAGGAGCAGGGGGGUUAGAGCCGCGCGGUGAAGGCUUAAAGCCCCCUCCAUAUGACAUGGGGCAGCCUUACCCCCCCUUCUGCCCCACACAAGGGCCUCCGGGUGAUGCCUCAUCCUUGGCAUUGGAGCAUCCCAAGCACGAGCUGCCCUCUACGGUCAACACGGAGCCCUUGGGGCUGAUCCAAGGCACCGAGAGCACCAAACCCCCCCUGCCCACCCCCCUCUUCUGCUCCUCCAAGCCCAAGAAGCUCCUCAAGACCUCAUCCUUCCACCUGCUCCGCAAGCGAGACCCAUUCCCGGCCCCAAAGAAAACCUAUGCCCAGGAAUACGAGUUCCAGGACGACGAGGACAAAGCCGACGUCCCAGCCGACAUCCGGCUCAAUAGCCGGCGCCUACCGGACCUGCUGCCCGACCUCAUCUCCAGCUGCCGCGCUCGGCCCCCCCCGCUCAGCCCCAUCCACACCGGGGACCCCUUGGCCUUCCCCCCCCAGCCCCAUAGCGGCUCCCACCCCACGGCGCCCAAGAAGAGAGGCAGGAAACCCACCAAGCCCAAGAGGGAAGGGCCCCCCCGGCCCAGGGGGAGGCCCAGGAUCAGGCCCCUACCGGAGCCCCCCCCGCCGGCUCCGUCGCCGCUGCCCCAUGGGCUCCUCCUGCCCCAUCCCGAUGCGGCCAAGAGGCCUCGGGGCAGGGGAAGGGGCCGGGGCAGGAAGGGGGGGGAGGAAGGAGGAGAUGGGAAUGGGAUGGAGGCGCUGAAGCCGCUCAAGCUCAAACUGGCCAUGCCCAAGGGCUCGGAAGCUCCGUUACCACCGGAUGGAUCCCUCGGCAUUCCCGUUGUGCCGGCUCCGGAUCCGGCUCCUGCCGACGCUUCCCAAAGCCGGGAACGCAUCAAGCAGAAGAUCAAGGAGGUAGAGGAGAAGCAGCCGGAGAUGAAGUCAGGAUUCAUGGCUUCAUUCCUGGACUUCCUCAAAGCCGGCAAGCGCCAGGCAGGACCCCCCAGUGCCGCCAGCCCCACCAAGAGCCACCGCGGCUCCACCAGCACCACCAGUGCCACCAGCAGCACCCAUCCCUUCGGCAUGGGGGGACCCAUCCUGGCCGGAAGCCUGGAGGGGCCGGAGGGUGAUGGUUUGGUUAUGGCAUGUCCCAGCCCAUGCAAGAGGCUGGAUGAGGAGCUCAAGAGGAACCUGGAGACGCUCCCGUCCUUCUCCUCGGAUGAGGAGGACUCGGUGAGCAAGAACCAGGACCUACAGAAGAGCAUCUCCUCGGCCAUCUCGGCCCUAUAUGAUCCCAGUGACCGCAAGGAUCCCGAGCCGGCCGGAGCCUGCGCCUCGGAGCCGGCGUCGCCGCGGCACCAAGGGGGGGGCCCCGGGGCUGGGGCAGGGGGGGGGUCCCCGGAGGAGGCUCAGGACCCGCGGGCUCUGCACCUGGCCCAGAAGCAGGAUGCGGCCGCAGUGUGCGGGGACACCGACGAGGAGCAGGACGGGAGUGGGGGGGAGGGGAUCUACCGAGAGCGGGAUGAGUUCGUGGUGCGGGUGGAGGAUGUGGCGGCGCUGAGGCUGGCGCUGCAGACAGGCCGGGAGCCCCCCCCGAUCUGGCGCGUGCAGAAAGCUCUGCUGCAGAAAUUCACCCCUGAGAUCAAGGACGGACAGAGGCAGUUCUGUGCCACCAGCAACUACCUGGGUUACUUCGGGGAUGCCAAGCACAGAUACCAGCGACUGUACGUCAAGUUCCUGGAGAACAUCAACAAGAAGGAUUAUGUGCGAGUGUGUUCCCGGAAACCCUGGCACCGACCCCAGGCGGGAAGGCGCCAGCCCCACCCCAAACCCAACACCCCCAAACCUCCCCCCACCCCCAAAUCCGACCCCCCCGAGAAGCCUCCUCCCCCUCCCCCCCCCCGGGCCGAGCGCCCCCCCAAAGCCGAGCCCAUCCCCCCCCCCCGCCCCCCCGCGCCGGCCGCGGGGGGGGCCCCCCCCAAGGCUCCUCCCCCCCCCCCACCUCCCCAAGCCCCCCCCAAGGCCAAGGCCCCCAAAGGGCCCAAGGUGAAGGCUGAGCCCCCCCCCAAGAAGAGGAAGAAGUGGCUGAAGGAGGCGGCCACGUCCUCGGAGUCUGAGUCCAGCCCCGACCCCCAGAGUGAGGAGGAGCGGGCCCCCCCCGGGCGGGUGCUGAACACAAGGGCCAUGAAGGAGAUGUACCGCAGCUAUGUGGAGAUGCUGGUGAGCACUGCGCUGGACCCCGACAUGAUCCAGGCGCUGGAGGACACCAAUGAUGAGCUCUAUCUGCCCCCCAUGCGCAAGAUCGAUGGGAUCCUCAAUGACCACAAGAAGAAGGUUCUCAAGAGGGUGACACUCAACCCCUCCCUGCAGGAGGCGCUGCACACGUUCCCACAGCUGCAGGCAGAGCCAGGGGAGGCUCUCGUGAGGCUGCGCCCGGGGGGGGACCCCUACAACAGGAAAACCCUCAGCAAGGUCAAGCGCAGCGCGGCCAAGCCCCAGGAGUUCAAGGUGGAGGUGGACAAAUCCUUCCUGUGCACCCUGUACCACUCCCUGCACCACUACAAGUACCACACGUUCCUGCGCUGCAAGGACGAGACGACAGCGAUCGAGGGCCGUGCCGAGGACCUUGGCCAGGAGGAGGUGGUUCAGCUCUGCAUGGGCAACCAGGCCUGGCUCGAGCGCCUCUUCCACUCCUUCAGCGAGCUCCUGGCCCAGGCUCGCGCCUCCUGCGCCUGAGGACCCCCCCGUGGGGGGGGGACAUGGACUCAUCCAUGGGACCCCCCCCCCCUUGCCAUGGACACGGGCGCAACCAACUCGGAGGGAGAGACUCAACCAGGAUGGGGGGCGAGCGAUGGGGACAUGGACACAACCAUGGGGACACCCC